GAAAAAGUGCCUUUUGAUAUUUCAAAUUUCUUAAAAGAUACACGAUCGCAGGCCGUGCAGGCUGAUGAGCAUUUCCAUAGUCCGGACACGAAUGAGUCACCGCAAAAUGUCCAGAACGCUUAACUGUCCAGCACAACCGGUGUCCGGCGACCUCCUACCAAGUAUGACCCAAAGUACAGUCCGUCGCAGCGUCUCUUCGUCUUCGCCUUGGGAAGCAACUGUAGGCUACUGUCGAGCUGUGCGCAAGGGUACUUACAUCGCCGUCUCGGGCACUACAUCUAUCGACCAAGAUACUGGGCUUGUAGCACAUAAAGGUGACGCAUAUCUGCAGACCAAGCACAUUCUGAGCCUUAUCAGCCAAACUCUGAAAUCCUUGGAUGCAUCAAUAGAAGACGUUAUUCGAACCCGAAUGUUUGUGACAAAUAUCAAAGAUUGGGAACAGGUUGGAAAGGCGCACGGUGAGAUUUUUGGUAACAUUCGACCUGCAGCAACCAUGGUCGAAGUUAAGGGACUGAUUGAUCCAGACCUACUGGUGGAGAUAGAGGUGGAUGCCAUUGUUGGAUAGAUUUCGUCACAUUUCCCAAAUAGAAUACAGAGGAUAGCCUGUAAGGAUUAGCCCCUAUCUCCGCUGUUGGCCGUACAAACUUGAAUGGAUAUGGUUUCGAUGUGAGCGUACUCGAUGGGAGAUUUAGAGCUUGUGACAAGAGAACAGCAUAUGGGAAUACUUCUAACAAGCCCUUUGGGGAUAAAAUACCGUAGCUAUAUGAAUUUUGCUUUUUAUAACUGGAUGCCCUUUAAUUCUGCCAGUCGUCUUAUACU